AUGGGCCGACCUCAGUUGUACAACUCAUCUGAAGAAAAGGCAAGAGCUGCUCGUAAAUAUAGACAGGCGUAUAAAGAAAGGAAUGCGAAAUCUAUAAACCAACAGCUAUUCGCAGUGAUCGGAAACUCAUCCCGCGAUUUCGCAGAAACUUUAUGCUGCGCACUGAUUCAGUGCGAGCAGUCUGAAGUGACGAACGGCCUCAUCGAUAUCCUCGCAGCGCUCGACAUAAUCGAGGAUCUAGAACUUGAGGCACACAAGGAUAUAAUUGCAUGGGUUAGGAUCGAUAUGGACGCCUUGGAUGAGGCGUACGAAAAGGGGGAGAUUUAUCACCAGUAUGCUAACAGUAUCUGCAUGAUUGAUUUGAUCCUCCAUUCUCUCUCAGCACAGAAACUUCUAUCCCUUUCUGGGUCUCGUAUCCGGGCCCUCAGGCUGCCAUUUAAUGGAUCCGCGAUGGACCAUCCACUGUCUGCACGAUCAUCAUGCUGCGUCCCCCCCUUCAUAAAACAGAGCAAGAAAAACUUGAAGCGAGUCAAGAGAGACGCCGACAUCGUUACGCAAAACGGCAGUUCAACUGACGUACAAAGACACAGAGACGGUAUAUUGAGUAGGCGACGAGAGCUUCGCCUCACAAAGCCAUCGCAGGAGGUGCAGGAGAUUCAAAUAGCACUGGCUGUAGCCUUUGGCUAUGAUGAAGAUCUAUCUGAGCCGGAGACGAGUGACGACGAGAAUGACACACUAUCACUAGAUCUCCCAUCGUGCCUGCUCGCUUUCAAAAACAUCAAGGACGAGAUGUUGGUGCUAAUUGGAGAACCCUGCGCAUUUACAGAGAGUCUCCUCCUUCAAUAUAUCAAAACCUUUCCGGAUGAAAUGCAUGGCGAGGGCGACACCUCAAUCAUUCAAAAUGCGAAAACCGAGGUCGAACACUUACUCCGCCGUGCAACUCGAGUGCAGGAUCAAAUCGUAAUUAUCUGUGGAGUCUCGACCGAGUCUUGUGCUACUGAAUCGGUCUCCCGGUUCUUAAGCACUACACUCGCUUAUAUAGAUGAUGUCCAGUAUUAUUUGGACAUUGAAGGAAUCACUGAGUUGACGGUUGCUCACUCGAUGGGAGAGCUUAUGUACCAGAAGGGUAUCCGUAUCUAA